CUGAAAUGGACCUUCAGAUUGUUCGAGCCGUGACAUUACUUGGUUAUUAUUUUUGAUAAUCCGAUUCUUGGGUUUGUCGAAGGUUAAAUCUAAAUGCGCUUCAAAGAAUAACGCUUGUUAAUAUGUCUUUUGUUCAAAACACGCAUCCAUGUGACGAACAAACACUUAUCACUAUUCAGCAUCUACAUCGGCACAAAGUCUUCCUUUAAAAUUAGACUCAGCAUUUACUUGAGUUCCAAAUAUACUGAUAGCUUUUCGUGUCAUUAUUCUAUUACUCGAUUGAUUACUAACUAUUUUCGCCGUUAGAUAUUGUCCAUAAAACUUAGUUCGACCAAAUUACUAAAAAUUUCUAUUUUGGAACCGAGUAGUGAAUCUGGGAUGGUUUCUAGUUUAAGCUAGACAACAGAUGAUCCUCAGGGACAUCGUCUGAUACAGAGCUUGCUGUGACUGACUACAUUUCAAAAGCAUUUAGUGGACCUAGAUAAUACCAUCCUGUUCUAACUCUUACUCUAAAUCUCAACUAUUAGUUUUUUGGGUUCAUAAAUAGUAUAGUGACGAAGAAUUACAUUAUUGCUGAUGUCAUCCCAUGAUAGAUUUCCCAUCCUGAAUAUGGAAAACCAAACUCAGAUCAGCCUAACUCUUAAUACCCAACUUUAACCUACCUUCAGCACUGCUGAUCUUAGAUGAUGGUGAAGAAGCAUCCCAUUUAAAAUAACAGUGGAGGUGUGACCCCUAGCACUAAUCAAAUCGAUUGACAAGAUAGUAAAUGUUAAUCAACUGGAGUGGCUGCGCCCAACCACCACCUACUUCGCAGGAUGUUGUAUGGUGUAAGAAUAGGCUAAGAGAAAGCUAAACGAAAACAUGGCACUAUUCCACGAAAUCAUCAACAUUUGGACUGAACCAGUUUAUUGGGCGUAUAUUACUUGAUUGGUGUCCAUGUGAUAAUCUUAAUUAGUUCUUUGUUGUAGCUUAUUGUAACUUCACAGUAUAAAUAUUGGGGUAGUUAUGUGUUUAUUGGUUUCGGUCUUAAAAUAUUGCGUUCAACUUAAGUACACUUGGAUUUUUGGAAAAUGUGUGAUGAUUAAAGCAAGGCUUAGUUAAGAGUAAGUUCAAAUUGAAUGCUACGUAGGCAUACAUAAUAUAUAUGCGUCGAUCUAAUGCAGAACGGAUAUUCUGAAUAAAAAUUGAAAAAAGUGAGGCUUGAAGUUGAUAAGGAGAUAUUUUGACUGAAUAUCUAUCAGCGUAACAAGCGAAAACACCAUGAUCUGAGAAACUGGGUCCUGCGAACUUAUAUAAUUUCACUGUACCACAUUUUGAUUUAUAAAUGAUGUACUUCGAAGCCAUCCAACAGUUUCUGCAUAAGUUUAGGAUCUCUCAGUCGCUUCCUACCAUUACAUUUAGUAGCACCAAUGACUGAUAUACAUUUAUUCUUUAAGUAACGUAUCAUGCUUCUAAGAUCAAAUGUUUUUGUGUUUUCCUAAGAUAAGAUGAUGGUUUAAGUGUUUCCGUGUAUCACCAAAAUUUCAAAAUCUAAACACUGAUAUGAUUUUUCAAGAUUAUUUGGUUACAAAAUCAAUUAAGCAUUAUUGUUCUAUUGGUUAAGUUUCGUUUCGAGCAAUCGGAAAUCCGUUAUCUGUAUUUAAAAUUUAAACUCCUUAUUAUUCAUAUAGGGCCUACAUUAUGAAUAAUUUCGGAUCUGGAUAUGGAUCUCCACAGAUCCAACGGGCGUAUCUUAUUCCGCUUGCCGAACAAUUUGUAAAGAUUUCUGUAGACUCUUCAUCUGUGGAUGAAUUUUCAGACUAUGUAAUUCGAGAUAAAUCUACAAGUUGUAACAGAUCUAAUGUGAAGUUAUGGCGCAAAGAUGCUUGUAAAGCGUUGAGACUAGUAAACGCUCGUACAAUGGUCAAUCCUGUUCCAAAAGAUUCACCUAUUGUAAUUGACGAAUCGGAGUCUCCUAAACUAGAUAUGUCAGUAGAUUUAGAUAGAAAGCUUCCACGUAAGCGUUCCAGGAUAAACCUAGAAUCAACAACUGAAUCAAUCUCUCCUCGAUCUGUUUCUUCUACGUUAUCGGAUAUCAAAUUUACAGUUCCUAAGGAUUUACGAAGGCAAAUAAAAGGAUUUCUCACGUGCCACUUGCUUUCCGACAUAGGAUUACCUAUUUGGCCAACCUUAUUGAUCAAUGGCCCUCCAUUUUGUGGUAAAACUACAUUGAUAGAAGCAGCAUGUGGAACCCUAGGUUUAAAGAUCAUCACUGUUUCGGUUGGUACAGUACCAUCAUCUAUGCGUUCUUGGAUGGAUAUAUUCAACCAAGCCAAGAAUUCCUCACCAUGUAUUUUGCAUUUGGACGAUAUUGAAAGUAUGGAGAAGCAUUCCUCUCCUGUUGGAACUUUCCGUCUUACUUGUCUUUUAAAAAGUCAAUUACUUAGAGAUAUGGUCAACUCAGGUGUCGUGCUUAUUGGAGAAACUCGAUGUCUUCUAGCUAGUCUACCUCAAAGUAUAUUGGACUUGUUUACACAGAAGUUGACAUUUGGAAUGUUAAAUGAGUCUCAUCGUUUAAGAUUAUUGCAGCAAUACUUGUCAGAUGAUACCAAUUUUACCAUUUCAUCAAAACCACUAAGUCCCAAUCGCCAUCAGCUACAACUCAGUGAAAAUUUAACAUGUCUUGAAUUAGCCCGUCGGACACCCGGUUACGAAAUUGGAGAUUUAAUUCGUUUGGUAGCUCAGCUAAAAAUGUCCUGUUUAACCAAUAAAGUUAACGAUUUUAGUGAUGAUGAUGAUGAUGCUGACGAUGAAUUGAAUAACCUUGAUACUAACAGUGCGGAGCGUGUUGGAAACGGUCAAAAGAUACAUGCUAAUUUCUCCAUUGAUUCAUCUAUUGCUGAUAAUCCUGUUUCGGAACCAAUUACAUAUCCCUUAAUCGUCACACGAGAAAUUGUCGAUAAAGCAUUGGCUGUUGUUGUCCCAGCAGUUAAAAAUACUGCCGAAUUCGUAACUAUUCCAGAUGUGACUUGGGCUGAUGUCGGUGGUCUCGAAACAACUAGACAACAGUUAUAUAACCGGUUUAUGCUUCUAAUCGACGAUUGGGAACGCGCUCAGAUUUUACAUCGACGUUCUGGAGGUGUACUACUUGAGGGUCCACCCGGAUGUGGGAAAACACUCGUAGCUAAAGCCUUAUCCAACCAAGCUGGUCUUAAUUUCCUGUCAGUUAAAGGUCCAGAAGUCCUCAAUAAAUUUCAAGGGGAAAGUGAACGUCGUAUUCGAGAAAUAUUUGAACGAGCACGUGCUUGUCAACCGUGCCUGAUUUUCUUUGAUGAAAUAGAUGCUAUCUGUCCAAGACGCGAUAGUGAUGAAUCUACAGGUAGUCGAGUUAGUUUGGUCAAUCAGCUUCUAGUUGAACUGGAUGGUAUUGAUAAACAUAGAUCAGGUCGAGUUUUUGUUGUUGGUGCAACUAACCGCAAAGAUAUGAUUGAUCCUGCCAUACUUCGUCCUGGACGUUUAGGCUUACAUUUGAUGAUCAAACCACCAUCUAAUGUCAAAGAACGUCUCUCUGUUCUGUCGGCUUGUACUCGAUCUGCAACUACUCCUCGAAUUGAGAAUGGUAUGCUGUCACUUGAACUCAUUGCAAAUGAUUCACGCACUGAGAAAAUGAGCGGAGCUGACCUAGAAAAUUUAUUGGAAUUAGCUAAACAGAAAGCUCAAAUUGCAAGACAAGAUUUUGUUUCACAAGCUAACUUACUUGAUGCCUUAUCUGAGUUGCAUAACUAAAUAAUCUAUCUUAUUGUGAAUAUACGUUUUGAACAAACAACUUAUCUUGUGCUGGUGUAUCUAUUUCCCUGUGAGACACUUCAUGUUUUUGCGACUUUUCGUCAUACUCCCAGGACUUACUGUGUUUACAUAGUCACUACUCUUGUAAUGUGGGUACUUCUCUGCAUCAUAUAACCAACCGCCUAAACAAAUUUAGAUCAUUAAAUUGUCUCUGGUCGUUCUGUCAACCAAGUACCAACUAUCUUUACGUUACCUACCAUCCAUUAAUAUAAAAUGUCAAACUUAUAACAACAAAAGACCAAUGGGAAACAUGCAUCUGAGAUGAAUACUAGUCAACUCUUACAUUCUAUGUAAGAAAAAACUAGAAAUAGACUGUACUAAUGUAUGAAAUAUGUUCA